AUGUCGUCGAACACGCUCAGCAUAUCCUCAACCCUUCCACUCCUUAACUCGUCCGCCAAAAUCCCCCAACUUGGCUUCGGCGUGUACCUGUCUCCCGCAUCAACAUGUGUCAACUCCUGCCUCAAGGCUCUCGAAGCUGGAUACCGUCACAUUGACACGGCUCAGUAUUAUGAUAACGAAACCGAUGUCGGGCGUGCACUCCGCGAGUCCAAACUGUCGCGUGAAGAGGUCUUCAUCACCAGCAAGAUUCUCAGCGCGGGCAGUGAUGUCGAGUCGACAUACCAGAAGAUCGUGGAGAGUGUAGAGAAGCUUGCUGGAAAAGACGGCUACGUGGACUUGUUCCUUAUCCACACACCCAACGGAGGCGCAGAAAGCAGGAAGCUGAUGUGGCUGGCACUGGAGAAGGCGAAGGAGGAGAAGAUAGUGCGAGAUAUUGGCGUGAGCAACUACGGUAUCCAGCACAUUGAGGAGAUCAAGUCAAUUGGCAAAGUAUGGCCACCGACCGUCAACCAGAUCGAGCUUCACCCAUGGUGCCAACAACGCGACGCUGUUGAGUACUGCCAGAAGAAAAACAUCGUUGUCGAAGCCUACUGCCCUCUUGUCCGCAACCAAAAGGCCGAUGACGAGACCCUGCUCAGCAUCUGCAAGAAGCACAAGGUGGGCCCAAAUCAAGUGCUCGUACGCUGGAGCCUGCAGAAGGGAUGGGUGCCCCUACCCAAGAGCGACACUCCCUCCCGGAUCGUCAACAACGCUGAGAUCUACGGCUUCGAGCUGGACUCUGACGAUAUGGCGAAGCUGGAUGGGUUGGAUCAGGGCAGCAAGGGUUCAAUCGUUCAGGCCGUCAGUAACGAGUAG